AGGAGGGGCGCUCGGCCCCGGAGAGUGCAGCAGACGGGGCUGGUCCCGAGGCGGCUGCGGCCCCGGGGAAUGGGCGGGUCGAGGGUGUCCAGGGAGUAGGGUCGGGUCGGAGUGCAUUGACCACCGGGCCCAGAGGGUCCGAGCCGGGAGCGGAGCCUGCACCCUCCACCACCCGCCCUUCGGGAAAUUUCAGAACUGAGCCCAGAGGCAGGUGCACCGGGGGAAUGUGUCUGAGGCUUGCUUGGCAGAAGAGAAACUGAGUCACUAGCUCAGGAGCCGCAGGGUCAGCGGGCCUGAAGGGGGCCGGGUCUGCCAGUGGUGCAGAGGGUUGGGCGGGCCUGUGUGAGCCGAGGUGGCCACUGCCUGGAGAUCGCUCUCCCUGCUGCGUCUGCACCUCUUGGCUCGGUUCCCCUGUGCUCCAUGACUCUUGCGUCUCCUGGCUUCUCGUUGGUUUGGAAUUGUCCCUGUGGUUGGAGCCAUCUGAAUGUGUAGGAUCUAGGCCAAGGAGGAAGGGGAGGGGUCGCUGGUUGUGGGUCUGAGCAGGAGUCUGAGGUUUGGGGAGACUUUCCUGAGCUGUCCUCCCCGCAGCCCUGGUGCCAGUCAUCAUCCAACGUAAUAUGGGGGAGGAACACUAACAAAGAGCCAUGGGUUAUAAAUGCCAGGCCCAGCUCUGCCACUUGCUAGUUGUAAGAGCUUGGGAAGCCUCUUCCUUUCUCUGAUUUCUCUCUUGGAAAAAUUGGAACCCAUAAAGAUAGUAAUAAUGGGGCAGGCAUUUAUGGUGUGCUUGCUUUCUGCCAAGCCCUGACAGGUUCCGUUUGAUUCUCCCCGCGAGUCUAGGAGUUAGGGAUCAUGAGCUCUGUUUUAUAGAUACACGCCCGCAGUUCCGAGAGGACAUAGGAUCUGUUCAAGAUCACGCAGCUAAUAGGUGGCCGAGCUGGGAUUUCACCCCAGGUCCAACUCCACGUCCCACAGCCUUAACCACCAGGCUCACCAGCCUUUAGGGCACCCUCCCCAGUGAAAGAAGAGGAAGUGAGAAACCCUAGGGCCCCAGCUCCCUGUUAUGUUUUAUUUACUUUGUGGCCAAGAAAGACUUGCCCUGACCCAACCCACAGUCUUCCCCCGCCUGGUGCUGCCUGGUGCUGCUGCUUCUGGGCCCCAGGCUGAAGGCACAAAGAACUGGGCUGUGGCCAUUCCAAGCCUCUGUCACACCGUGCUGGGGUGCUGGGCCCUGGGGUCCGCUUUCAGGACAGUUCUGGUUUCAGUCCAUCAUCCAUUCCGCCUCUUGACUGAGCAGACUCCCUCCCCAGAGCUGGACCUCAGGACGCGCGAGGCAGGGUCUCUAAGCGCUGCAGACCUAGCUCCCUGAGAGCUGGGGCAGGGAGGGGCUGUGACAGGCUGGUCCAGCCAGUCCCUGGGGACGAGGACUAUGCAGUGGGCAAAACCGUAGACUUGGAGUUCUGAGACUUCUCUGAGCUUCGGUUUCCUCACCUAUUAUCAAGGUUACUAAAGCCUGUUGCAGGGAAAGCUGCUGUCGCUCACCCCGUGUCUUCUGGCCGCUUCCCUCUUUGCUGCCCCUCCCCACAGGCUCCCCCUCUCCACCUCCUGGGGACCAUCAUGAAUGGUGCCCCUUCCCCGGAGGACGGGGCCUCCCCCUCCCCUCCCCCUUUGCCACCACCCCCUCCCCCGAGUUGGCGGGAGUUCUGUGAGUCCCACGCCCGGGCUGCCGCCCUGGAUUUUGCCCGCCGUUUUCGCCUCUACCUGGCCUCCCACCCCCAGUAUGCAGGGCCCGGGGCUGAGGCUGCCUUCUCCCGCCGUUUUGCUGAGCUCUUCCUGCAGCAUUUUGAAGCUGAGGUGGCCCGGGCCUCCGGCUCCCUCUCACCACCCAUCCUGGCUCCCCUGAGUCCCGGUGUGGAGAUCCCGCCACACGACCUGUCCCUUGAGAGCUGCAGGGUGGGUGGGCCCCUGGCUGUGCUGGGCCCUUCUCGAUCAUCUGAGGACCUGGCCGGCCCCCUCCCUUCCUCAGUCUCUUCCUCUUCUACGACCUCCUCGAAGCCGAAGCUAAAGAAACGCUUCUCUCUCCGCUCCGUGGGUCGCUCGGUCCGCGGUUCAGUCCGCGGCAUCCUGCAGUGGCGGGGGACCGUUGACCCACCCUCCCCGGCUGGGCCCCUCGAGACCUCAUCGGGCCCCCCAGUCCUGGGUGGAAACAGCAACUCCAACUCCUCUGGCGGGGCUGGGACCAUUGGCAGGGGACUGGUUAGUGAUGGAACAUCCCCCGGGGACAGAUGGACUCACCGAUUUGAGAGGCUGAGACUCAGUCGGGGCGGGGGGGCCUUGAAGGAUGGAGCAGGGAUGGUGCAGAGGGAAGAGCUGCUGAGUUUCAUGGGGGCCGAAGAGGCAGCCCCGGACCCAGCCGGAGUGGGCCGGGGAGGAGGGGCAGCUGGGCCUACCUCAGGGGGAGGAGGGCAGCCUCAGUGGCAGAAGUGUCGCUUACUGCUUCGAAGUGAAGGAGAAGGAGGAGGAGGAAGCCGUCUGGAGUUCUUUGUACCGCCCAAGGCGUCUCGGCCUCGACUCAGCAUUCCCUGCUCUACCAUCACGGACGUGCGGACAACCACAGCCCUGGAGAUGCCUGACCGGGAGAACACGUUUGUGGUUAAGGUGGAAGGCCCCUCCGAGUACAUCCUGGAGACAGUUGAUGCUCUACAUGUGAAGGCCUGGGUGUCUGACAUCCAAGAAUGCCUGAGCCCGGGACCCUGCCCCGCUACCAGUCCCCGCCCCAUGACACUCCCCCUGGCCCCUGGGACCUCAUUCCUUACGAGGGAGAAUACAGACAGCCUGGAGCUGCCCUGCCUCAAUCACUCAGAGAGCCUGCCCAGCCAGGAUCUGCUGCUGGGACCCAGCGAGAGCAAUGACCGCCUGUCGCAGGGGGCUUACGGGGGCCUCUCAGACCGCCCCUCGGCGUCCAUCUCCCCCAGCUCCGCCUCCAUCGCCGCCUCCCAUUUUGACUCCAUGGAACUGCUUCCCCCAGAGUUGCCCCCCCGUAUCCCCAUCGAAGAGGGACCCCCAGCAGGCACAGCCCAUCCCCUCUCAGCUCCCUACCCACCCCUGGACACUCCGGAGACGGCCACAGGUACCAGAGGAUCAUUCCUGUUCCAGGGGGAGUCAGAGGGAGGUGAAGGGGACCAGCCCCUCUCAGGGUAUCCUUGGUUCCACGGGAUGCUCUCUCGACUCAAGGCCGCCCAGCUAGUGCUGGCCGGAGGCACCGGCUCCCAUGGCGUCUUCCUGGUACGUCAGAGUGAGACGAGACGGGGUGAAUACGUCCUCACUUUCAACUUCCAGGGCAAGGCCAAGCACCUGCGCCUGUCGCUGAACGAGGAGGGUCAGUGCCGGGUCCAGCACUUGUGGUUCCAGUCCAUUUUCGAUAUGCUCGAGCAUUUCCGAGUGCACCCCAUCCCUCUGGAGUCUGGAGGCUCCAGUGACGUUGUUCUUGUCAGCUAUGUCGUGUCCUCCCAGCGACAGCAGGAACCGAACACCUCCCAUGACCCACCCCAGCCCCCUGAACCCCCUUCAUGGACAGAUCCCCCACAUCCUGGGGCAGAAGAGGCGUCGGGGGCGCCAGAAGUGGCGGCAGCAGCAGCCGCAGCAGCCAAAGAGAGGCAAGAGAAAGAGAAAGCGGGCAGUGGAGGGGUCCAGGAAGAGCUGGUCCCCGUGGUUGAGCUGGUCCCCGUGGUUGAAUUGGAAGAGGCCGUAGCGCCAGGCACGGAGACCCCGGGAGGCGCUGGAUCUGGUGGGGACCCCGGGGCCACCCCAAUGGUGCAGCUGCAGCAGUUACCACUAGGGGGCGAUGGAGAAGAAGGGGGCCAUCCCAGAGCCAUUAAUAACCAGUACUCCUUCGUGUGAGACACCCUACCCCGCUCUUUCUCCACUCUUCUUGCUCCCCAGCCCUUAGUUCAUGAGAUUGGGGCUGGGCAGGGAUGUAGAGGAGCGGUAGGAAUCCCCUCCCCACGUGCUUCCUGACCCUUGACGGCCAAGGGCAUAUAUGUUGGUACAAGAAGAGGUUCAAGAGCCCUGUUAACUUCCCCGGUUCGUACACUACAGGUGCCCCAUCCCCUGGGCAGGGGAUUUGGGCUCCAUUACCUCCCUGAGGGGCUCUUAUGGUCAGCCCCACCCCUGGGGGCCUUUUCCCCAUUAACCACCCCCCCAGCCCGAGGAAGGGUGAGGGGGAAGGGCUGUCCGUUAUAUUAAGGUGGUUGUUGUUGUUGUUUUAAACAAAAUGGAGAAGCAUAAAUAAAUAAAAGGGUUUAUCUCAGUUCCGU